CUGCUCUGCUCGUCGUCCCGUUUCCUACGCCCCUCGAACUGCGAAGCAGGGCAGGCUACAUCAGAGCAGCAAGCAGCGUCGGGAGGAAGAGGAGGGCACGAUGCGCCGCGUCGUGCUGUUGCUGCUCGUCUGCGCGGCGGCGCGCGCCGCCGCGGCCGUCACCGACGGGCUGCUUCCGAACGGCAACUUCGAGGAGGGCCCGCCCAAGUCGCAGCUGGUGAACGGCACGGUGGUGAGGGGCGUGAACGCCAUCCCGCGGUGGCAGACGUCCGGCUUCGUGGAGUACAUCGAGUCCGGGCACAAGCAGGGCGACAUGCUGCUGGUGGUGCCGCAGGGCGCGCACGCCGUGCGCCUGGGCAACGAGGCCUCCAUCCGGCAGCGCCUCGCCGUCACGCGCGGCUCCUACUACGCCAUCACCUUCAGCGCGGCCCGCACCUGCGCGCAGGCCGAGCGCCUCAACGUGUCCGUCAGCCCCGAGUGGGGGGUGCUCCCCAUGCAGACCAUCUACGGCAGCAACGGCUGGGAUUCGUACGCCUGGGCGUUCAAGGCCAAGCUCGAUGUCGUCACGCUCGUCAUCCACAACCCCGGCGUCGAGGAGGACCCGGCCUGCGGCCCGCUCAUCGACGCCAUCGCCAUCCGGGCGUUGUACCCGCCGAAGCUCGUCAGGGGGAACAUGCUCAAGAACGGGGGGUUCGAGGAAGGCCCCUACUUUUUGCCCAACGCAUCGUGGGGUGUGCUCGUGCCGCCCAACAUCGAGGACGACCACUCACCGCUCCCCGCGUGGAUGAUCGUGUCUUCCAAGGCCGUCAAGUACGUGGACUCGGCGCACUUCGCCGUGCCGCGGGGCGCGCGCGCCGUGGAGCUGGUGGGCGGCAGUGAGAGCGCGCUGGUGCAGGAGGUGCGCACCGUGCCCGGGUGGAGCUACCGGCUGUCCUUCGCCGUGGGCGACGCCGCCGACGGCUGCGCGGGGUCCAUGGUCGCCGAGGCCUACGCGGCGCGCGCCACCGUCAGGGUGCCGUACGAGUCCAAGGGGACCGGAGGGUACAAGCGCGCCGUUCUGGACUUCAUGGCCAUCGCCAACCGCACUCGCGUCGUCUUCCAGAGCACCUUCUACCACAUGAAGGCCGACGGCACGCUCUGCGGCCCCGUCGUCGACGACGCUUCGCUCGUCGGCCUGCGCAAGAAGCCGGCCGCCGGCCGCCGGCUGCUGUAAGGCCUUUCCACGUACGUGUUUUACGUCGUACAAUGCGUGCACGGCCGGAGUGGGUAGUGUACGUACGUGCGCGGGUAAUGUGAUGGGACGUGUACGUGGUUCUUAGUAUUGGUAGGCGUUUUGGUUUGGCGUGCUUGGUAUAUGUGUGCCCUGUGGUUGGCUGCAGAUGCAGCUGCAGUGGCGCGUGUUUGGUGUUUCCUUGUGAAGAAGAGGUGGUGGUGGUUUGGCUCAAGGGUUUAAUUAACUUAACCUGAGGGGCCAGACUGAAGAUGCCACGGGAUUAAUGGCAAAUGUUACAAGUAUUUUUCUUUCA